UGCUGUACGGUUAAGAUGAACUUUACUAAACGUCACCGUGGGGUGUAAAAUGAACACAACAUAAUACUAUACAAUAUGGAUAUGAGGUAGUGACAAUGGCAACAAUAGGAGAGCAGGCCUAUACAAAAAGUGUGAAAGCGCAAGCUACACAGAGCGAUUGUUAAGUUGUCUUAAUAACUGUUGCUGCGAGAGUCAGACGUUUGCUAGCUUGGUUAAUCAGUCAUAACAAUUCUUCUUUUCCUUUGGGUUAAUCAGUCAUAACACUGCUGAGAGUAUUUCUAUCGAGUUGUGUGAUUUUAUCAGUAUGGGCUUAUAUAACUGUGCAAAGACCAGUUGUUUAAACGCACUCACUAAGGCGGGACAUAAUGUUUGUUUUGAUUCUGUCUAUAUUCGUGUGGCACUUUCCACCCUUUGUUUUCGUUUAUGUUUAAACCUUGUUAUAAGAGUUAUUGCCAUGCUAACCAAGACACUACUAACCAUUAUCGUGGAGAAAUUUGAAAACCAUUAAACUUUACCGAAAUGACAGGCGAAGUCGCCUUAUUUGCACUCAAAAUAGAUACUUUUGUGUUCCUUUUGGCACAUGAUGUCGAUGAGUCAGAUUCAGUCACAGUGUUUACCCUGUGAACAUAAACUGUGGGAAACAGCUAUCUGAUGAGUAAUUAUAGUAGGACAUGUUGUAAGCAAUGAUCAUCAGCAGAGACAUUUACCGGACAUUAGGCAGAAAACAUUAGGUACACUUGCACAUUCUGAUUAAAUCCUAUGUGAGGUUAGAGCUCUAUUAAAAAUAUCUGCCUUUACAAAGACAAUCAUGUUCAGUUUUGAUUGAUACUGUUACAGACGAAUAACUGAGCAUUGAUUAUCUCAAAUGUUUUUCAUUUAGCACAUUGCACAAGUGUGCCAAUUAUGGUAGGUAAAUGUAUUGUAAUAUCUAUAACUGAGUCUAGAACGUUGAGGGCAGGGCCUGGUGAUUGCGAUUGUGAUAUCAGCAAAGAUUGAAGCGCAUAAGGAUAUUUCAUCUUGAACGUGGAUAUUUCAUCUUGAACAUCGUCUCAAGUUGGUGUGAGUUAUAGUCGAUUGCAGCUCUUGUAGGAAUGUGCAUUCUGUUACUGCUCAUGGUAAAGCGACUGAAGUGCGUCAGCGACUGUGUCGUCCUUUACCACAUACGAGGGCAUUACAUUGCGUGUUUCCAUCCAUCACACGACUGCCAUUGUGGGAGAGGAUGUUCAGCGACUUCGGUACAUGAUUGAAGGACUUUCAAUAUGUCGAUAUAUUGAAGACAAUCUCAGCAGGUGCAGCGUCCGAUCUUGAACUGACCACUAGAGAGGUGAUGGGGAACACGGCGACCAAAUUCCGUCGGGCUCUCAUCAGUGGGGAUGAGCUACUGGCCUGCCAUUUGUACGAGGGCAACCUGCAGUUCAAGGAAGCUCUGGAUCCCAACUCUACAUAUGGAGAAUCCUACCAACACAACACUCCGCUGCACUAUGCUGCCCGACAUGCCAUGAUACGACUACUCAGGUCUUUCCUCCUCAGCAAAGAUGGAAAUCCUAACAAACGCAAUGUGCAAAAUGAGACCUCUUUGCACCUUCUCUGCAUGGGGCCCCAGAUCCUGACCUCAGAGGGGGUGCUGCUACCCCGGAUCUCACGACCAUAUGAAGACGAGCUGCGUCGUGCAGAGUGUCUACAAAUUUUCUUAGCUUGGACUGGCGCAAAGCUGGAUCAUGGAGAGUAUGAAAGGGCUGAUAUCAAUGCCACAGACAAUAAGAAAAAUACCUGUCUGCACUAUGCUGCUGCCUCAGGAAUGAAGACCUGUGUGGAGUUUCUAGUGCAGCGAGAAGCAGAUCUUUUUGCAGAGAAUGAAAACCGCGAGACUCCAUGUGACUGUGCAGAGAAGCAGCACCACAAGGAGUUGGCCUUGUGCCUGGAGUCACAGAUGGUCUUCUCACUCGCCCCUGAGGCAGAGGGUAUUGAGGCAGAGUAUGCAGCUCUCGACCGAAGAGAGCUGUAUGAGGGCCUGCGACCUCAAGAUCUACGGAAGCUGAAAGACAUGCUGAUAGUGGAGACUGCCGACAUGCUACAAGCUCCACUCUUCACGGCAGAGGCACUGCUUCGGGCCCAUGACUGGGACAGAGAAAAACUGUUAGAGGCUUGGAUGACCAAUGCUGAGGAUUGCUGCCAACGUUCAGGGGUACAGAUGCCCAACCCACCUCCAAGUGGCUGCAAUGCCUGGGACACUUUGCCCUCGCCCCGAACACCACGAACCACCCGCUCCUCUAUCACCUCACCAGACCAUAUCAGCCUCAUUACUGCUGAUGAAGAUUGUGUUCUGUGUGGUAUCUGCAUGUCUUCCAUCUCGGUCUUUGAAGAACCUGUUGACAUGUCCUGUGGCCAUGAAUUCUGCAGGGCAUGCUGGGAGGGGUUUCUGAAUCUGAAGAUCCAAGAGGGUGAGGCCCACAAUAUCCUCUGUCCAGCUUUUGACUGCUUUCAGCUGGUUCCUGUGGAAGUCAUCGAGAGUGUGGUGUCCAGAGAGAUGGACAAGCGCUACCUCCAAUUUGAUAUCAAGGCAUUUGUGGAGAACAAUCCAGCAAUACGCUGGUGUCCAGAAGCUGGCUGUGAAAGGGCAGUGCGCCUAAAGACACAUGGCCCCGGGUCAUCUACCUCAGACCCUUUGAGCUUUCCAUUGCUUCGGGCACCUGCUGUAGACUGUGGCAAGGGCCACCUCUUCUGCUGGGAGUGUCAAGGUGAAGCCCAUGAGCCCUGUGAUUGUGACGUCUGGAAGUUGUGGCUACAGAAAGUCAAUGAAAUGAAACCUGAGGAACUGGCUGGUGUGAGUGCAGCAUAUGAGGAUGCGGCCAACUGUUUAUGGUUGCUCACAAACGCUAAACCAUGUGCCAAUUGCAAAUCCCCAAUUCAGAAAAAUGAGGGGUGCAACCACAUGCAGUGUGCUAAGUGUAAAUAUGACUUCUGCUGGAUCUGUCUGGAGGAGUGGAAAAAGCACAGUUCCUCCACUGGAGGCUACUAUCGCUGCACCCGAUAUGAAGUAAUUCAACAGGUGGAGGAGCAGUCAAAGGAGAUGACUGAAGAAGUAGAGAAAAAGCACAAGAGCUUUCAGGAACUGGAUCGUUUUAUGCACUACUACACACGCUUCAAGAAUCAUGAACACAGCUAUCAGCUGGAGCAGCGCCUCUUAAAAACAGCCAAGGAGAAAAUGGAGCAGCUCAGUCUGGCCCUACGUGGAAGGGUAGGAGGCCCACCUGAUACUACAUUUAUUGAAGAUGCUGUCCUGGAACUGUUAAAGACUCGCCGUAUCCUCAAGUGCUCCUAUCCUUAUGGGUUCUUCUUGGAGCCCAAAAGCACAAAGAAGGAGAUCUAUGAGCUCAUGCAGACGGACCUGGAGAUGGUAACUGAGGAUCUUGCGCAAAAAGUUAACCGGCCUUACCUGCGGACUCCGCGCCACAAGAUCAUUCGUGCAGCAUGUUUGGUACAGCAGAAGAGACAGGAGUUCCUGGCCUCAGUAGCGAGAGGAGUGGCCCCCAAUGAUUCCCCUGAAGUCCCCAGACGCAGCUUUGCUGGAGGAACCUGGGACUGGGAAUAUUUGGGCUUUGCAUCCCCUGAGGAGUACGCCGAUUUCCAGUACAGACGGAGACAUAGACAGCGAAGGCGAGGUGACAUGUCCAGUCUCCAUAGCAACACACCUGACCCUGAUGAUCCCAGUGAUAGCACGAUAGACACCCAGGAAGUUGGAGAUGGACUUAGACAUGGUCAUUUGAUGGGUGUUGGUUCUUUGGAUGAUGAUGAUGAUGAUCCUAACAUUCUACUGGCCAUUCAGCUGUCACUCCAGGAAUCAAGGAUGCCAGGGGGACAGUCCACUCAUGAAGUCCUUGCUAAUGAAGCAUCACUUGGAGCCAUUGGCACAUCUUUGCCUUCUAGGCUUGAACAGAGUACUCCAGAUGUAGAGGUUCUCCCCAGAGUGUCCUUAAGCAGCUCAGAACUGCUAGAGCUGGGAGACAGCUUGGCUAGACUUAGCCACAUUAACAUCAGCAGCCAUUACUCUGUAGCCACUGGUAAUCCCACCUCUGUUCAGCUCUAUGACAGCCACAGCCAAGCCAAUGGCUCCUCUGUGCCAAUACCAGUAGCUCCAGGCGGUAGUUUCUCAUCAACAGGUGUCUUCUCAUCCUCCAAUGACACGACAGCCUCGACCACUUGCAGCAGCCAGGACCCAUCCUCUUCCUCUGCAAUAGCAGCAAAUGCCAAUCUGCUGGGCAACAUCAUGGCUUGGUUCCACGACAUGAAUCCUCAAGGUAUUACCUCGGACCCCACAAGGUCUUGUCACACAGACACAAAUGUGGACCCACUCCAUGCAGGUGGUGAAGAGUGCCUGCAGGAUAUAGACAAAAGUGGGGUUGUCAUCCUCCGUGAGAAUAGGAAAUCCCUGGAAGGAAUGGUGGAAGUUGGUUUUGGUUCCCCAAGAGUUUGUGACAUGGAGAAAAAGGAGUGUCCUAUUGUGGAGAGGCCAACUCAGCUCCAUCUCGUGGGGCUAGAGCCCAUGCCAUUACCUUAUAUGCCCACUCGUGAUAUGACUGGGGUCCAUGAGGAACGGGGAGAUACAAAGGUCUGCCAUGUUGACACACCUCAAUGUGCACCAGACCAAUUUCCCAGCAGCAGCUCCUCAGAGUGGGAGGAGCAAGUGCACUUGGUAUGACCCGAAUGCUUUUUUUUUUUUUUCGAUUAAUGAGCAUUUUUGGCAGGUCAAAGUAGUCACUCUGUCUAUAGUUGGUAUAUUCAUUUGUAAUGUAUACUGAAUCAAGUUGUGUCACUUCGUAAUUGCUUGGAAAGUGUCAAGGGUAUUUCAACUUGAGCUGGCGGACAGCACAGAAAUAAUGCCAGAAAAGCGUUUGCUCUACUGAGAGCUCCUUAGUAGAGAAAGUGCUAUCAAAUGACAACGUAGCGACUGAGAAUAUAUUUCUUAAACAGAUCAUGUGGCGUUGGAGUUGUCAAUUUGUUGCUUUUCCUGCAAUCAGAUGCAAAUUGACUGUGACCUCAACCAGCAUGUGUAUUCUACUUUGUCAACUCAAGAAUUGAAUGUGUUAUGGUCAGGUUUGAUAGAGAAAAUAACUAUAGCCCGUACAAUUUGGCCUGACUACAUAGGAUCAGCCACGUAGUCAUGUAUUUUCAACCUACUUCCAGCGGUUAUAUCUCCCGCUGGAGCACCUUCUGAUUUUGCAAGAGCGCCGAUCCAAGCCGCUCCAGAUAGUUAGUGUCAAAGGCCAUCAGUUUUUAUCAGUGCUCUCCAAGUACAUUUUCCCUUAAUGCUGAUCAGUCUCAGCAUUACAGGGACAACACACUGGCAUCUGCAACCAGUUUACUAGUAUUUUGUUGUACUUUUCAAUAUGUAGAGUACAGAGAAAUAACUGUCAUUCCUGUCCACGUCCACCUGCUUCAUAGUGACUAAACACUGAAUAUUAAAAGGACAGUUUACAGUCACCAAGUGGAUUCUUCAUUUAAAGCAAAUUGUGCCUGUCUAAUGCAACCGCAGCAGCUAGAUUUUAUGUGAAAGUGUCCAACCACUGACAUUGCUUGAUAAAGCGGCUUUAAGUGAAACCUUUUAAACCUCGCAAAAAGUUUUUGGUGAGUUCUUUAGAUGAGAGAGUAGAAUGAGAAAAUAUUGGUCAGAUAUUUUAGUGUGUGAGACAUUCACACAAAAUCAUUAGGUCUAUCCAAGUUAUAAAGCAGGUGGGAAACUCAAUAUAGACCUGACUGUGAGUCAGUGUUGACCUAAAACCCUUUCAAUCAGCAGCUAACAACUGCAGAAUAUGAGUCCUUCAGAAUUCUAUUGAAAGGUGGCUUAAUUUGUAGCUCUGAUUACUGCAGCUGAAUAGCUGAAUGACAUGAGGAGACUAAUUAGCAAGUGGUCUUAUUUGGACUGCAGAAAAAGGCCAGCGAAAAAUAUGGGUGGCAAGUCUCAUUUAAACUUUUCCAAAUGUGACUAAAUCAAGCCCCCUGUAAAUGAUCUCUUGUUUUGUAUUUACAUGUAAUAAAAGCCUUGAUAGUGCUGUGCGGAUGUCCCUGACUGCACGGUAAUGCAUUUAGAACCAAAUCACAGAUGUCUGUUGUUACAUCUCAAACAAUGGAGAGUUUAUGAUUCUGAAGCAGUUGUCUACACAAGACAGAAGAUACAGUGCCUUUAUUUCAUUCACAGUUAUUAAAUUAUCCAGUGUUUGUUUUUGCCCAGUAUUCAGAGUGUAAGCAAACACAUACUGUAGUACUUUGGUGUGGUUUUUUUCUUUCACUUCAUGUUUCAUAUGCACAAAUAUGAGUACUUUUUGUUGCAGCAUUACAAUUUAGAGGUUUCAUGAGUUGACAUACUUUCAAAUCUUGCCCCCCUUUCCCUUUGCUGUGGUUUAAGUAUAAUGUCACUUGACUUUGAAUUGGGCUACAGUAGACACUAAAAUGGAGGAAAGUUGCAAUAUAAAAUGGAUAUUUAUUUGAAAAAUAAACAUAUCCAUUGAAGAAUAUGGAGUGUGACUAACCAUGAUCAACAGAAACAAAUGAUCAGUGUUUUACCUUUUGGGACUUUUUGUCAGCUUUCUGCCUCACUGAUGUGAAGUAAAUUAGCUUUUGUUUUCUAAUGACUUAGUAUAGAAGUAUAAAAAUUGCUUUGGUAGGUUUCUUGAAGUUGUUAAACUGUGAGUGCCAUGUGAUCUGUGGAGAAAAGUUCCUUAAGACUUGGUUAAUGUGUGGUAGACACAGGAUAACCUACAUAUGUUUCCCCUGUUGUGUAACAGUAUGCUGUGCAUUACACCUCUAAUUGACCAGGUGAUUUAUUUUAAAAUAACAUUUUGUAACUCAUUGAGAUUUUCUAUUGUAAAGCGACUAAUCCUUGAAAUGCUAUUUGCACUUUCAUAGUCUAUACUUGAUACAUUCCCUCUUUAUAUGAAUUGUUUGGUGUGUUAUGCCAAUAAACUAUGUGUUGAGUUUA